CGUUGCAGCCAGACCACAUCGUCGCGUAUGCAUUGUAGAAAUGGGCGUCCGGGGAGACGUACGAGAGCAACACGUGCAGCUUCGGCAUUGGCAGAGCUUCUGGUUUGGUGGCAGUGCGGGACGUAACUGCAGUGUUGCUGACGGUGUACCGGGAGAAGUUAUGGUGGUUUCUGCUAUCGCCUCGCGAGUUGAGGGCAUGGCCUCUUGGAUAGACAUACAGAAGGCAAGGGAUGAAGAGGCGCGUAUCAAGGUCAAAGAGGAAGAAGAAUUGGCUAAUAAAAGGCUUGCUGAAGAAGCGAAGGCUAAGAAGGAAGAACGCAAGAAAGAAGCAGACGAGGCUAGGAAGCGGGAAGAACUCGAAGAGAAGCACGUAGAAGCCAAGCUCGCUCAGCAGUGCCACGCCGAUUAUAUGAAAGCGCUCCAAGAUUCUUUUGCGUCAUACACUGCUGAGAUGGCAAAAGUCUGGGGUGGAUCGGCGAAUGCUAAAGUUUCGAAGGAUUCGAAGGAGAUACAGUUGCUUAAGGCGCAGCUGGAAAGCAUGAAGACCGGACCCACCACCUCCACAGCCGGGGAUGAAGUGCGAUCGCAGAUCGAAAUGCUCACCCGUAAGAUCAAUGAUCUUACAGCAGAGCUUGCUAAGGUGACCGGCGAGAAGAAGAGAUCGAAUGGGGUUGUGAUCAUGUCAAGCCUGCCCAUCGAAUCCGCCAAAGGCAAGCAGAAGAUCGUAGACGGAGCUUCCAUCAAUGAAGAUAGAUGGGAGAGGGAAAUUGAAACAAUGAGGAAAAGGCUACAAGCGAAGGAGGAGAGAGAAAGAGAGAAAUAAAUUAAGGAAAUAAGCGAGAUGUUGCUUGUAUUGAAAACAAAGCCUCUAGGCAAUC